CAGCUUCACUUCUUUCCAUGCCCUAAAUUUCGACCUCUUUUCCUCCAAUCCAUCGAUGGAGAAGCCGAAACAGCUCCAUGCAGCGCUCCUCUCGAGCCCUGGAAUGGGCCACCUCAUCCCCGUCAUCGAGCUUGGCAAGCGCCUCGUUGCUGACCAUGGCUUUGAGGCUACCGUCUUUGUCCUCCCCUCGCAGGCCUCCCACACCGAGGCCGAGAUCAUCGAGUCCACCAUGACCCCCAAGCUCCUCGAUGUCGUGGAGCUCCCACCCCCCGACCUCUUGGCUGCAGGCCUCAGCCCGGAUGCCGCCGUGGUCACAAGGCUGGUAUUCAUGAUGCGCCAGGCCCGGCCAGCAUUCAGGUCCGCGCUCAUGGCGAUGGAGGCCCGGCCCGAUGUCCUCAUCGUGGACUUGUUCGGGACGGAGCAUCUGUGCAUUGGCGACGAGUUAGGGAUCCCCAAGUACGUCUACGUCCUUUCCAAUGCAUGGUUUCUUGCGUUGUUACUACACUCGCCGACGCUGGACAAGGAAGUGAAGGGAGAGUACGUGGAGCGUACCGAACCGCUAGAGAUCCCGGGUUGCAAGCCUGUCCGACCAGAGGACGUGGUGGACCCGAUACUGGACUGGUUGGACCACCAGUACCGUGAGUACGUGCUGCGGGCUGGCGAGAUCCCGAUGGGAGAUGGAAUCUUGUUGAAUGUGUGGGAGGAUUUGCAGGCCGAGACCCUCGCCGCACUGAGGAACAAGGAGUUCUUGGGCCGGGUUGCAAACGGUCCGGUGGAUACGGUUGGGCCGCUCAUUAGACCAGUCAGACCGGCUGGUUUAGGAAAGGAGCUGGUGGAAUGGCUGGAUAAGCAGCCGAGCGAGUCGGUGUUGUUCGUCUUGUUUGGAAGUGGAGGGACUUUGUCGGCUGAACAGCUGGUCGAGCUGGCAUGGGGAUUGGAGCUGAGCCAACAAAGGUUCAUAUGGGUACUCUGGCCACCAACUAUCAAAUCUCUUGAUGGAUCCUAUUUUAAUGCGGGAAAGAGUGGUGCUCGCGAUGAGGUUUUGAGAUUUUUGCCAGGUGGAUUCAUGGCACGUACUCGCAACAUCGAAUUCAUACUCCCAUCAUGGGCCCCACAGGUGGAAAUCUUGAGCCAUCCAUCCGUGGGUGGCUUCCUAUCUCACUGCGGAUGGAACUCGACCCUAGAGAGCAUAGCGAAUGGAGUGCCCAUGAUUGCUUGGCCACUGUACGCCGAGCAAAGGCUAAAUGCGAUGCUCCUCACUGAGGAGAUAGGGGUGGCGGUCCGGCCAAAGGUGCUGCCAUCAAAGAAGAUUGUGGGGAGGGAGGAGAUAGAGAAGUUGGUGAGGUCGGUAAUGGUGGAGAAAGAAGGGCGCACAUUAAGAGCUAGAGUUAGAGAACUCAAGAGUAAUGCACAAAAGGCCGAGGCGAAAGGUGGUAGUUCAUAUGAGUCUCUAUGCAAAAUGAAGAUCUGCAUUAUUAAGAAGGCUCGUUAA